AGUAGUUUUGAGCGAAGCCUCUCGCUUCCCGGCAUGCCGCGCGAGAGAAACGGGAACAGGGCGUCCGCGCGGUGCACCUUGGGGGUAGUAGUUCUGUUCCCAGGGUGGGAGGAGCGGCGUCGACUUAAAAGUCAAGGCCGGGCGGUUUCCUUCCUCCUCUGAGGAUUGUCGUACCGAUCGCCGCGGCCCGUUUUUCGCAAACCGGCGGGCUGAGGAGACCGACGACAGCGGAGGAGGCAGAAUGGCGCGGCAGGGCAGCCGCGGGGGCGCGGAAAGCAAGAAAAUGGUAAUGGCGGUGGGGGGACUCGAGGGGGCGGCGGCAGGUCUUAUGAGGAGGAAGGGAGCCCUGAGGGGCGGGAGGGAGACGCCUCCGCCAUGGACAGCUAGGAGGCUUAGCGGAGAGGCUUAACUUCUUCUACCUUGUGCAUUUUCCUCCCACCCUGAACAGGGCCAUGUUUGUUCCUUCAUUCCUCCUUUUAUUAGCUUACCUCUGUCGAAGGCACGAAAGAGGAUAAAGUCCGAAUAAAACUAUUCCGAAAGAGCGGGUUUGCUCACUUCAGUUCCCCCUAGACAGGCAGCUGCUAUUAUUAUUCUUGUUGUUGUUAUUGUUGUUGUUAUUCCCUUGUAAUAACACCUGCAAUUUGAAUUGUAGGCAUAGAUUGAAUUGUGAGGGAGGAGGCCCUGCUUGUAGGCUCACGAUUUAAACACCACCAUGCAAAAAGGACACCCCUGUAUGAACAGGGAAGAGGAAACUCAGGGUUGGAGUAGCUGCAGCUUUGCCCUCCCGUGGAUGGAGCCAGGCUGGUCUCCCCACUUCCCAUCAUGUUCUUCUGUCUGGGAGGCCAGAGAGUACACAGUCUCUUGGUGGCCCUCAGCUUCCUGGCAGUGGCAGCAACCUGAUUGUGCCUCCCAUCACCUCUGUGUGGCCAUUUGGCCAUUUAGAUGUCAUUCAGACACCAGGUUACAAAAAAAAAAGCCUCAUCAGGCAUUUCAGAGCUAAUGGAUCAAAUCACUUUAAAAUUAAGUUGAUAAUAAUGUAAUUUUCAUUAUGAAUGUUUUAAAUAUUAUUUCAUACCAUGUUUUAUAUUACCUUAUUUUGUUGUAAAUGCCUCUGUGACAUUAUUUAGGUCAAGGGCAGUGUAGUGGUUUCUUAAUAAAUGCUUACAAGCAUCUGGGGAUAUGCACUGGUUGGAGCUUUUUUUUUUUUUUUACACCCUCAUUUUGAAAGUACACUAUCACGCUAUACAAAUAGCAUACAAAAGUGGCUAGUAGCUAUUGAUAGCCUUAUCCUCCAUAAUUGUCUUCUGAAGCCAUCCAAACUGGUGGCUAUCACUGCCUCUUGUGGGAGUGAAUUCUAUAGUUUAACUAUGGGCCGUGUUCUUUUUGUCUGUCCUUAAUCUUCCAGGGCAGUAAAGUAUUAGGUCUAUGGGGCUGUGCCAAACCCUGUGAACUGAGAAGCCCCCUGUUCAAAUUUCACCUCAAUCAUGGAUUACUGAGCUGGUCAUAGACAAAUAGUGCUUUUUAAUCUUCCCAUCAGUAUUAUAGGGUAAAUGAUCCUACUGACCUACCUGAUAGGGUUGGUGUAAGGAUUUCCAUGAUAAUAGAGUGAAGAGUUUACUAAUCUCGGCUGUCCAUGCCUUAAUCCUGUAAAGUCAGCAUCUUGAUUAUAAACCCAUUUGCAAGCCACUAUUUCUUGACUUCCCCAACUGUAUUAUUAUUCUUCAUUCAUACACUGCCCUUCACCUGGAGAUUACAGAUCAGUUCACAACAUAAAAAUAUGGAGAGUGUGUGGAUAAUACUGACCUACCUACGUUAUAGGAUUGUUGAAAGAAUUACUGAGAUAAUGGUUAUGCAGACACAGAGAAAGCAUAAACUAUCCUUCAUUUAACUAUGGACAAAAAUCCCUGCAUUACUGAUCUGUAUUAAUGAGAUGUGGGUAGAUGAGCUUGGUGGAGCUGAACUUUCUUAGAUUUGUCCACCUGGAGUUUGGAUGUAGCAGCCACUUAGGAUUAAUGGAGGAGGGUUGCAGUGAUUUCUAAGAAUUUCAUCUCCCUCUACUAGACUUAUUGUGAAGAUGGGUAGGUCAUGGGCACUUUUUCAGUCUGAAGGCCGCAUCAUUUCAUAGGCAAUCUUCUGGCAGUGGAUUUGAAUGUGUGAGCAAUUGAGACAAAUCAGAGAUUCUGUUGGUGCCUGCCAUCCAUCCCACUGACUAACCAUCUCCCUAUCUGAGCUGACAGAAGUGGCCUGAGACUAGAUGUUGAAGUCCCCUUAGAUGGUGGUGCUGGAGGACCUUGAAACACAGGCCGAGGCAGUGACUGUGGACUUCAUGUCUGCCAUGACAGUUCUUGAGCUGUCACAGCAUAUAAUCCACCUGAUUCUCAUGCUAGAGAUCUCUGGAUCUGGUGCUAUCAUCUGGGCAGGAAGAUAGUGGGGGGCUUUCCUUUAACUGUCUUGUCUUACACCACUUCGGCCAGAGCUUUAGGCUUACUAUGGUGGUGUUUUUCUCUCUAUAGAUGGGAGGGGCUGUUUAAAUGGUCCAUCCCUAGAGGUUGAUGGGUCGUGAUACAUUCUUAAAUGCCCUUGGGCAGGUUCCACCAAGCAUGGCUAGUGCUCCUGCCAACAUCUUGGUUGCUCUUUGGAAUUUCAAGAUUACUUGGGCAGGUGACACAACUGCUCUUAAGUGCCCUCUGCUGCAGACCAUGGUUCACUAGGUAGAUGGGAGCAAAGAAAUGGGAGUUGAAUAGGCCUCUAGAACGUGGUGUAGGAAGGCUUGAACUGGAACUGGUUAAGUAUAAAUUAGAGCUCAUUUUGGAUCCUACUCUGUGGCAGUGAUCAUCUUCAUAGUGCUGUGCAGUGGAGCUUUUCCAUGUGGCAUAAGUUAUUCUCCAUUUUGGCCAACAAGAUGUAAUGGAUUCCUUGGAGAAAGAGUAGAUCUCCAAGUAACCCAUCCCAUCAUCUUGUUGGUUUGUCAGGCACUUGGGAUAUUAAAUUGUUUGUGUUUGUAUUGUGCUUUGCUUUAUGUGCAGGUCCAUUAAAUUAAUUUUAGAGGAUUGUACUAGAUAAGGAGUCAGUAGAAUCUGAAAUAGGUAGCAUUACCUAGUUUCUGGAGAGCACGUAAUCCCCCAAAGUGAAGUCUCCUAGUCUUCAGUUUUAGGAUCCCUCUGUUGAAGAGCUAAAUUUGGUCUUCUUCAAAACAUACUUCAAAAUACUUAGGGCACACCCACACUUCCAUUUGCUUCAAUGCUUCCCCCCCAGCGCAACCUGCUGUUUACCACUGAUUCGGAACAAACAUCAAUAGAGUUUUCUCUGGAUUGAUGUUUGCUUCGAUUUAUCGCUAAACGGUUUUUCCAUGUUAACGUGGCAGGGCAAAGGCAAAACCACUCAAACCCAUGGCUCUAGAGUAUGGGACAAGCAGAAAAAAUGCUCAGAUCUGUGCUUUCUAAGGCACGGGGCAAGCGGAAGUGUGGAUGAGCCCUUACUGUCAGCCCUGAUGGAAAUAAAGGAUGCUUUAUCUACAUUGUGUGAAGUGGCCCUUACGUUUAUGCAGGAUCUCUGAAAAUUAUGUGAAUGGGCAAUCAUGCUGAUUUGUUACCUGAUUUUUAAGCUGUAGUGAGAUAGUGCUGCAAACUCAUUUUCUUCAUGUUAAUAAGCAGGCCAUGCUGACUGGGGCUGAUGAGAGUUGCAUUCUAAAACAUUUGGAGCAUUCCAUGUUGGUGAAUGCUGCUUUAGAUUAUAUAGAAAUAUGUUGUGUUAUGUGCUAAAUGUUUUAAUUCAGGCUGUGUGUGUGUGUGUGUGUGUGUGUUGGUCUUGGUGCCUUUCUCACGUUUCAUUCUUAAGUCUCUUUCUAACCUGGUUCUGUGAUAGCAGUUCAACAAAAAUGGGGAUAUUGAUACAAAACCUUAAAUUAUGAUACUGUGACAAAUCUCCAAAGAAUGUUCGGGGGGGGGGAUCACUGCUGGAUUUAUUUGGUCUUUUUUUCCCCUUUUCAUCGGGCUCUAACCCUGCGAAUAUCCACUAUUCUAAAACUGUAGCAGGAUUGUGGCCCUUUAAAAUGAUCUAGUAGAGUUGUGAAUAGUUGGCAAACACGUACAGAAGCUAUUUUAAUUUGCUUAAUGCUAAUAUAGCUUAAUGCUAAUACAUUUCAUUUGUGGCCAUUGCUGUCCUUUGGUGCUUAAGGUGCAAUGCUUAUUUUAUUAACUCCUCUCUUGACCUUAGGUCAGUGAUGGCCGUACUUGGCCUUCCAGCUGUUUUGGGACUACAGCUCCCAUCAUCCUUAUCUUAGAGGACCAGUGGUCAGGGAUGAUGGGAAUUGUAGUCCCAAAACAUCUGGCCAGCCAAGUUUGGCCAUCACUGCCUUAGGUGUACUUAAGGGCCUAAGUGCUGCUUUUCCUCCCCAACAGUAAUGGGAUUAUGAUACUUGACAGGAUUAAAGCAUGUGCCAUUGAAGCAUGUGUAAACUGCAACUUUUUACUGUUUUCCAGUUAAUUGCAGUGGCCAACCAGCUUCACAACUUAGGCAGUCUGUUUUUAUCAGGUAGCCUUUUAAUAAUGCUGUUGGAAGAGGUUUUUGCACAUUUGGAACAAGAGUGGAUUUGAUUUAUAUCAAAUCGAUUUAAAUCACUAGUCAGUAAGACUUGAUUUAAAUCAUAUUUUUUUUACAGAGUGAUUCAAUCUUGCUGGUAUAAGCUUAGUAUUUACAACCAGAUGAAGGUGUCAUUUUUUGAAUAAUAAAUUUUCAGAGUAGUUUUUACAGUUAUAUCAAAAAUUACUGAUUUGGUUAUACUAUUAGAAAUACAUAGACAGAUAAUUAUGAAAUUAUUGUGAGGUUUAAUAAUUUAACUGUUUAUAAUUGGACAACUUUUCUGCUGUACUUUACUGGAAGGAGAAAAAUAAUCAUUUCCUUAAUAACAAUUUAAACAAUUUAUUUAAGCAGAACAAUAACAUUAUAGAAUAUGUAUCCAUGUUUGUUAACUGAUGUGGGUAAACUUUUUUUUAAAAAAAACAAAACUUAGACUGAGUUUUAGCACACAUGAAAAACUUAAAACAAAUCCUUAUUUCCUGAUGAAUAGCCUUUGGACUAUAAUGUAAGUUAAAUAGAAAAAUAUAUUUAGAUAUAUUUUUCCUCCAAAAGAAUUUUAUUUUAAAAAGCCGAUUUAAAUCUAAAAAAAUCCAUUUUUAAUUUAUUUUUAAACCAUUGAUUUUUAUCCACCCGGCUUGGACCAUAAACUUCCAAGUUGUUUUUCGUUCAUGUCCUUGUUUUUUUGUAAGAUUAUUAUUGAACAAUUGAUCCAAAAUGGUGAACUUAUAUGUGCACCAACUUAAAUUUCUUCUUUUUACUACCUAGUGAUAGGUGCAUUGAAGGAGAUUGGACUAGAUAACCCUUGGAGUUCCUUCCAACUCCACAACUCUAGGAAAUGCUCAAAAUUUAUAUAAUUUAAUGACUAUACUUGGAUUGGUAGCAGCCAGGCAUUCUUCAUAAACUGUUUUGUUCAACUGCCUUGCCAAUGCGUUUACUAACCUGUUAAUUCUCUUUUUUGCUUGUUAAGUUCCUUCCCCAUACAUGAACUGGCUGAGUCUUCUGAUUUUCACUUUUUAAGUCCUGUUACUCUCUAAAACAGACCCUUCUUAUUUCAAAGAUGAAUCUGGGAUUGUAAGACGGUUGGCCUUUUCUGCCUUUUUAAAACCAAGCAAAACCAGCAUCUCUUAGCCUUCUGAGAGAUGUCUUGAUGGCUGGCUUCAUCAGUUGCUGCUAGGUAGAAAUAGCAUGUUUGAAUCCUAAAUAACAUCUAACGUACCUUAAUUCCAAAUUUGACUUGACUCUUUCUUCUGCACUUUGACUUUGCGUUGAGCUUGUGAGAACGUGGUGUGAUCUGUGUUGUCUCACUAAACUCUGACAUUGUCUCUUUUUUUCUCCCUUUCUGCUUGCCUGCUGCUUUCAUUCUGUAGUAUUGGUAUUUGCCAUUCAUUUCACCUUCCGCAUCUAUGCAUCUCAUGGUAGGUGAUAGGUUUCUUAAUCUGAGACUAGACAUUUUGCUGUAUAAAAUGAAACCUUAAUAAAACCUAAAGCAGACCAUACUUUAUAUAGCUGACACUUACUUCACAGACCUUUCAAUAAUCCUGACAGGUUUCAGUUUUUAACAGGAAGGUAUUUGUGUAACUACAAUUCCGAUAAUCAAAGGAUUUAAUUUGGUUGUAUAUUUCACUUACUUCAUGCUUGGGGAAAUGUGAGGGAGACAUUAUAGUUUGUUCUUUGUUUUGUUGAUGCUAUGCACAUCUCUACUGCACAUCCAUCCUAACACCAAGGAGGCUUUGUUGUUCCUUUGAGCUCUUAAGCAGAAUGUUACGUUACAAAUGCUGAAGAUGGAAUAACUGAUUUUGAUGAGCAGCUGAAGAUUGUCAAACUUCUGAUCACGUUAGUAGCCCCCACCCCCAAGACAAAUGUGUUUUAAAUUUGAAGCUGGAGACACCAGCAGAAUUCAGUGCUUAGUGUGUUCCUAUGAGGCUGAAGCUUCCUUGCCCAUUUCAUUUCUCCAUGCCAAUCCAAACUGUUCUUUGUGGCAGUUCCUAAACAUGUGUAGAUUGUCUUAUCUUGGCCUAAAUUAAAUGCAUUUUGAAUUUAUCUAGAGUUCGGAGCUCUUCACUCUGACUUACGGCGCUUUGGUCACUCAGCUGUGCAAGGACUAUGAGAAUGAUGAAGAUGUCAACAAGCAGCUUGACAAAAUGUAAGUAAACCAGUGGAGGCAGAGUGGAAUCUUUACAAAAUAUCAGUAGCUAGGGGUGAUGGGUGAUCUCUUUCUGUGGGACAUCCACUUGGCAGAAUUAGAGAUGUGAAGGCCCAGAAAAAAGCUGGGAAAAUUCAGAGGCGGGGAGAGACAUUCUUUCCUGUUUCACACUGGAUAAUUGUUUCCCCAAAAAAGCCUGGGGAGGAGGGCAGGGUUUUUUCCAUGGUUUCAAAAUUUCCAGAAUUUUUACAUCUCUAGGCAAAAUUAAUCUUAUUUUUCUGAAUUCACUGGAGUUUUUGAAGAAAAGGGAGGGAACAGACUUUCUCCCUUCUACUUUCUAUCCCUAUAAUGUUAGACUCAAGUUGAACUCUCUUACACUGUCAGUUUUAUAGCAUGCUGCUCUUUGGCUGCCUUGACAGGGGCUACAACAUAGGCGUUCGACUCGUUGAAGAUUUCCUGGCCCGAUCCAAUGUCGGGAGAUGCCAUGACUUCCGAGAAACUGCAGAUGUAAUAGCUAAGGUGAUGCCUGUCUUUGAUUAUUCCCCUCUGUUUCCAAUAUACUAGCCUAUUAUAAGAUAUCCAUUGUGGGGAUAUAGAUGUCAAAGGACACAAUUUUCCUGCCACAUAACAUGUUUCAUAAUGGCAUCAUGCUGAACCUUUUAAUGGCAGCAACAUAUGCCUUCUUUCUUAUACCUGUCUAAAAACACAAUCUAGGAUCAAAUGUUGCUGGACCACACUGUUUUCUAGGAGAGGAUGUAUUGGAUCUGGCAUGGGCAAAUGCUUUCUACUGCUUCUGAUCAAAUUUUCAUUUCCUGUUUAAUGCAGCCUUCCCCAAUCUGGUGCCCUUCAGUUACUUUGAACUAUACCUUCCAUUAGCUACAGCUAGCACAGCCAUGUUGGCUAGGUCUGAAUGGAAUUAUAGUCCCAAACAUCAGGAGGGCGCAAGGUUGGGGAAGCCUGGUCUAAUGUGUAGAAAGAGGUUUGCAUCAGGUAUGUUAUGUAGCAGAAUUGCUUCUGGUUCUUUGACCAGAUCUUUAGUUACCCGUAAAAGAGUUUCAUGCUAAACAUUGUGCUGUGUAAGCCUAGUCCUUUGUGCUUGUCUUGUUUGGCAGGUGGCAUUUAAAAUGUACUUGGGUAUCACCCCGAGCAUCACAAACUGGAGUCCAGCGGGUGAUGAAUUCUCCCUUAUCCUGGAAAACAACCCACUGGUGGACUUUGUGGAGCUUCCUGACAACCAUUCAUCUCUCAUUUACUCUAACCUAUUGUGUGGUGUGCUGCGAGGAGCCCUGGAAAUGGUGAGGAAAGGGGGAUACUAAUUGCAGCAAUGGUUAGACAUACUUUCUCAGUGAUGGGAUGCAUAGAAAAUUGGUGGGGGAGGUUGGGUUCUGUAUCUCAUUACAGUCCAGAUUCAGAUUUACAACUAUAUUUAUUCACCUAUUGGGGAACAAUAAGGGGGAGAGAAUCACUAGUGUCAUAGACCAUGGAGGAUAAUCAAAUGAGAAGGAAUAGAGGGCUGUUCAAGGCCACUCACAUGCCAGCGUCGCCUGAUAAAUAAAAAAACAUUCCAGUGCUGUCCUAGUUUCAGAAAGUUUUAUAAAGCGUUAUAUGUUUGGGUUCUUCCUGGCAAUCCUUGCAGCUUUAUCCUUUUAUUUUAACAAAAACUUUGAUUCUCAAACUAUUGAACUGCCAUAUAAUAACAGUCAGGGUGAGAGUGAAGGAUUGUGGAUUGUGUUUUUAACUUAUAACUGACAUUUAUUGAUUUCAACCUACGCCAGGGUUCUGUGACAAUGCAUGGAAUAUUAAUUGUGUGUGUAUAAUAAAAUAUAAUUACCGUAUUUUUCGCCCCAUAGGACACACUUUUCCCCCUCCAAAAAUGAAGGGGAAAUGUGUGUGCGUCCUAUGGGGCGAAUGCAGGCUUUCGCUGAAGCCUGGAGAGCGAGAGGCAUCGGUGCGCACCGACCCCUCUCGCUCUCCCGGCUUCAGGAAGCUAUCCGCAAGCCUUGCAAGCCCAGCGGGAGUUCCCGCGGGCUCACAAGGCUUGCAGGCAGCAGCCUGCAGCCCCGGCGAGUGUCCGCAAGCCUUGCGCGCCUGGCGGGAGGUCCCACCGGGCGCGCGAGGCUUGGGGCGGCAGCCUGCCGCCCGAAGCACAGGGAGCCCUCCGGAGGGCUCCCCGUGCUUCGGGCGAGUGUCCGCAAGUCUCGCGCGCCCGGCGGGAGGCUUGGGGCGGCAGCCUGCAGCCCGAAGCAUGCGGAGCCCUCCGGAGGGUGCCCGUGCUUCGGGCAGGUGUGCGCAAGGCUUGGGGCGGCAGCCGCCGCGGGGGGGGGAAUAAUUUUUUUUUAUUCAUUCCCCCCCCCCCAAAAAAACGAGGUGCGUCCUAUGGGCCGGUGCGCCCUAUAGGACGAAAAAUACGGUAUACAAAUAAUAGUCACUAUGGUCAGUGACUGAAAUAAAUCAAUUCAUUCAUUCAUUCAUACAAAGGAUAUAUUAUGAAUGCCACUUUGAGCUCUUUGGAGGAAAGGUUGGAUAUAAAUGAAAUAAACAAGAUAUUCUGUUCUUUCUGGUAGACAUGUAGAAUACAUGUAGCCAUUGGUCUGCAAAUUCAGAGUUUUCAGAGUUAAAUUAAUGGAGUUGUGUGUACUAAAUUCCAGUUGCCUGGAAGCAGAAGAGAGGGUGGUCAGGAUGGCACCCACUGAUGUACAGUGGUACCUCAGGUUAAGAACUUAAUUCGUUCUGGAGGUCCGUUCUUAACCUGAAACUGUUCUUAACCUGAAGCACCACUUUAGCUAAUGGGGCCUCCUGCUGCCGCUGUAUAUAGAAUCACAGAGUUAUAUUGUUGGAAGAGACCGUGAGGGUCAUCUGGCCCAACUCCUUACAAUGCAGGCAUCUUUUUUGCCCAGCACUGAGCUCCAACCCUAUGAUUAAGAGUCUAAUACUUCAGUUCUAUGGGGUGUGGGAGUUUGCCUGUACUUUGUGAUCUUUGUUGACAGAACAUUGGCUAGGAUUUUGGUUAACUGGGGAAUGUAAGAGCCUUCUGGGCUAGAGAAGGGUUUUUUGUGCUGCUGUAAAUCUUAGGUGAGGUUAGUAAAGGGUGGGGAUAACCUUUUGGCAGAAUAAUGGGGUAGAGUUUCUUAACCUCUGUCCUUGCAACAAGAUUGAAAGAGGCCAAGCAAUUUGGGGAACUGUCCUAGAUAAAUAUUUCAAAAGUAUGUGAUUUUUCUCUCCCAUAUCACAGGUUCAGAUGGCCGUGGAUGUCAAAUUUGUCCAGGACACAUUAAAAGGAGAUGGAGUCACUGAAAUAAGGAUGAAAUUUAUCAGACGGAUUGAAGAUAAUCUUCCUGUUGGAGAGGAGUGAGUCCCAGAGCAUCGUCCAUACUGAACUGAGAGGAUAAGCCAGCUCUACCUGGAAUUUAUGGGAAUAUAGUGCCCUCUGUGCUUUCAGAUGCUCUGACUGGUUAAUUAAGAUGAUGUUCUCCUUUAUUUUCUUAGGAAGCAACUGUUUGAAUUCUUCUGCUUUAAUUCCACAGAUUUGUAUUACAGGCCCUUGUAGGGCUCAUAGGACACUUUUCAUACUCAUCAGAAACAUAGACACCCAUUUCUAGUUUCCAUGUUUGGCUCUGUGCAAAUAUACAGUACAUCACAACUGUGUCUCCUAGAACCUUGGUGCCAGAAUUAGACCCCAGCUGCAGAUAACUGGUAUUUUCUUGCAGCAUGUGAAGAGCAUCAACAUCGCACCCUCCCUUUCCUGCUUGUUGGGGAUAGGGGCCAGAACUCUUGUUUGUCUACAGAAAGCAGACAGCCAUUUUUUGAUAGCACAGAAUAUAGCAUAUAAUUUGAAAUAAGUUUGGGGUUCCAGGUGGAACAAAAUGGCUUAGUUUUGCAGAUAAUGAAAAACCGGCCAAUUUAAAUAACAUCUAUCACAAAACAAGAGCAAUCUCCAUUUAAACACUGUUGGUAGGGACUUAGUAUGAACACACUCUCGGUGAGCAUCUUCCCUCUCCCCAUUGCCAGAGAAGAAGAUGGAGGGAUAGUCACAAUCCUUUCUGGUUCAUUUCAGACCUUGAAGGAUACUUCGUAACAGCUUCCUGUGUUAGCAGGACAGAAUCUGUAUAGUCUGGAUGCAUUGAGUAUCUCCUCAGUCUUCCUGGUCUUGUACAUAACUGGCUAGGCAAAAGUUGCAACCCACCAAGAGCAGGUCUGUAUAUUUAAGUAAUGUAGAAAAAGCUUCUAAACUAUAAUAAUCUGAAGGUUCCUUCCUUCCAGUAGUUUGAUUUAUAUAAUUUAUUAAAGGGUAGUAAAAUGCAAGCUUGUAUUCUGAAAGAUCCAGUUAGGCAGGGGUUCUAAGGUGUUGCAACUGGUUCAUAUGCCAGGUCAGUGGUGGAAGGUCAAGCAUACAUUCUUUUUGAAAGAAUGUUUGUCAAGAUGGAUAGCCCGUCUUUCAUGUGUAGAUCAAUAUGCUAAGGUCUGUGUGCAAUGGAUCCUUGCAAGGGAGACUACUCUAGGAUUGUUUUAUAGGGAAAAUGAAUGCCAGAAAGCAUAUAGGUAUUAAAUAUGUGGCCCAGGUUUUAAGCCAGUAGCGAUGUUUGGCUGUCGUAUCUGUGUAUGCCAUGAAGGUCUAAAAUUUCCACCAGGCAGGAUAACUGCCAUGUUUUCACUAAAAUGCAGAAGUCGUCAUUGGUUUGAGUAUCUUCUAGAGAUCUUCUAGGUUAAAAAUAGAAACUUCUAUCAUUCUUGAGGAGGCACAAUGUACCCAUUAGCAAUACCUGUUAUUUGAAAUUACAUAAUGUAUUUGGCACAAACUGACAUUUACAGUCUGCAGUAUAAGGAGUUCUGAGUGCAAAAUAUUAAGAGAAAUUGAGUGGAGGUAUGCGGACAGUGGAUUUUACAAUUUGUGUACUCACUGGUUGGACAGCAUCUUAAAACACUGCAGGAUCAGCUGUAACUAGACAGUGACUCAAUCUUGGGGAAGGUGGUAUGGAACAAAGCUGCUUUACCAACACAUGCGAGAAUGGAACUUGAAAUACUGCAUCUCCAGGACUGUGAGGCCUUUGUCAAUGGCCUGAUGAUUUAUGUUGAUGAUAUUUGCCUAGUCCUUUUUAGUGUCUUUCUCUACCCCCCUCCCCAAAUCUGCCUCUGAGAGGGGAGAGGAACUCCUGUUCUACCUUGGACUAACUUUUGCUACAUUUGUUGGGUUGGUAAAGGGAAAGCCUUCCUUCCUUUUUUGCAUUGUGAUAAAUAUUUAUCAAAUGUUGGUCCACCUAGUGUUAAAAUUUUGUGUCUAUUUCAAUGAAAAUUCAAUAUUCCUAUUUCUGAAAAAUUCAUUCCUACAGUUGGAGGAAGCAUUUUGACACUGUUCCUUCGGUGAUACUUUGAACCUUGUUUUAAAACAGAGCUGCACUGAGUAAUAGCUGUUGGGUGAAUGGGUAUAAGGUGUAUAUAAUUAAAACAUUUUUGUUGUAUAAGGGGUCAUUCACGUGUGUUCCAUUUGUAAAGCUUUUGAAAGCAACAUUUUAAAGGUGUUAUAUUAAAUAAACCGUUAACUAUC